GGAAGGAAGGAGGGAGUCAGGGACCGGGGCAAGGGGAGCAGCCGCGUUGAAAUCGGCUGGGGGGGCCGGAGGGAGCCGAGCGGAACCUGCGGGGGCGGAGGCGGCGGCCGCAGCGGCGAAGCUUGGGAGCAGGAACAGGAUCAAGUCCUCCAUACCAGGAACUAGGCCAAAACCAGAUUGCCACUGCCCCGACUUGGGCCCUACUGUCCUCAGAAAGCUGUUGUGAUCAUGGGUAAUAUCUUUGGAAACCUUCUCAAGAGCCUGAUUGGGAAGAAGGAGAUGCGCAUCCUGAUGGUAGGCCUGGAUGCUGCAGGAAAGACCACGAUCCUGUAUAAGCUGAAACUGGGAGAGAUCGUCACCACCAUCCCCACCAUUGGGUUCAAUGUGGAGACAGUGGAGUACAAGAACAUCAGCUUCACAGUUUGGGAUGUGGGUGGCCAGGACAAGAUUCGACCUCUCUGGAGACACUACUUCCAAAACACCCAAGGGUUGAUAUUUGUGGUCGACAGCAAUGAUCGAGAGCGAGUGAAUGAGGCCCGGGAGGAGCUGAUGAGGAUGCUGGCAGAGGAUGAGCUCCGGGAUGCUGUGCUCCUUGUCUUUGCAAACAAACAGGAUUUGCCUAAUGCUAUGAAUGCUGCUGAGAUCACAGACAAAUUGGGCCUGCAUUCUCUGCGUCAUCGCAACUGGUACAUUCAGGCCACCUGUGCCACCAGCGGGGACGGGCUAUACGAAGGCCUGGACUGGCUGGCCAACCAGCUCAAAAACAAGAAGUGAGAGCCAGGCAGCCCUACCCAACCACCCCAUCCACCCCUAACAUACCUACUCUCUCCCUGCCCAGCCCUACCCCUUCCUUGCCGGUGUGGCCAGGGCCCCGGGGAUCACGUCCGCAUGCCCAAAAAGAGCCUGUCUCUUCUGCCUCCCCACCUUUUCCUUGUCCACGACCAGUCCCCAAUUGCUGUCCUGAUGAUGAAUCAUUCCAAUUUAACAGAUUUAAAACAAAACAA